CUCCCACCAGCAUCUUGCGAUUUCUCGGUCAAUAUAGUCUUCCGGUAACAACGACUGGGCAUACCAAUUAUGAUGAGCUUCAGAGAUUCUUACAGCAGCAGGCCAUGGGAAGAAAACAGAAGAGGGCGCGGGCGGGGCGGGUUCCAGCGCACAAGAGGUUCUUACCAGGGGUUCAGUGGAAGAUCUGCACGUGGAAACUAUGGGCCGGGCACAUCAGUGCAGCCUCCAACCGCCGAGCCUCCCCUGGGAUCUCUUCUUUCUACACUCCGCCAGGCUGAACUGACCAAGGCAGCGGGAACGUAUGAGUCGGAGUCCGUCAUCACGGACUGCGUGACUGUGACUUCAUACAACUGGUUGGACAGACCCACGCCGACAAUUGCCGUUCCGGGUAAACCCGCGAGAUGGACGCCGCUUUCUGAGCCACGACAGCUCAAGCCUGACGACGGGGAGUACUUCCGUGACCCCAAUGCCGCGCAUUAUCCGAAGCAUCCCAUGGAGCCCACAGUCCUUGCUGUGUUGGCUCAGAAUGCUCGACACGCGAGAGAGAAUGAUGUUGUCGCCUGCGGCAGUACUCUCGGCAACCUUCUGCGGUUCAUCCGAGGUGAGGACAAACAGUUUAGGUUCUUGGUGGAACUUGUCGAAGGGGCGGUAUUCUUCAUUCGACGGGAGAACGCACCGCGUGAGCUCAUCCCGAAUAUCCAAGGAUACGGUCACUCGUUCCCAGAGGCUUACACCACGUGGGAUACCGACGUCAAGGGAUCUGUGUCACACCAGCGGGUCAUCUCAUACCGGUUUGGAGGACUUCGCUUCCUUGUGAGAUUCGAGGGCGAUGGAUACAUGCGGUCAAAGAAAGAAGACGAGAAUGGCACUCAUACUAGGCACCCUCAUGCCGAUGAGAGAAACCCGACAAGUGCAGUCGAUGGAUUGGCAGCACUGCUCGACCAGAGCCGUGUGACUGCUGUUGUUCCACCCAACUCCUCUGAAUUGACGGUGUCCUCUGCUGGGAAAGUGGUCGAGCAGGAAUGCAUCUUCGAACUCAAGACUCGGUCCAUCCGGAAGAAAGAGGCGGCAACGGCCGAAGACACAUUUGCAGACCAACUCCCCCGGCUGUGGGUGUCGCAGAUCCCCACCUUUAUCCUGGCAUAUCACAACCGGGGCACAUUUGAGGAUAUCACCGUGAGAGAUGCGCGCAAGGAUGUGAAGACAUGGGAACGGGAACAGGUCGAUGCUCUAUCGCGCCUCGCCGCCCUCGUCCAUCACAUCAUCGAGCUCGUCAAAUCAAGGCCAGACGGGAAGCUGGAAAUCCGUCACGCCCAGGUAGGAAGGCUGGAGGUUCGUGAGCAGCUGACGGAUGCUGGUGACGCAUUGUCCGACCCUGUGAAGAUCUUGUGGGCAAAGGAGAGGGGCAUGACUGAAGAUCUCGACGAUGACCAAGAUUAUGAUGACGACGGAGACGAAUUUGGCUGGGAUGAAGGGUCGGAGCCGGACUUCACUGCAUGCUCUGCUGAUGACUGUGGAUACUGUGGACGAUGCUCGUACUGAGGCAGGACUCAGCUCAGGAUUGGCAGGUGUGUUUUUGACAUGGACAAGAGGUAUUCUCAUAGUGUGCCUGCUUUGAGCCGGAAGGUUCCUAACCUACCUGCCUAAGGUAGGUCGGUC